AUGCCAAAAGCACCAAAGUCGCCGGGUGUGCGCGACCAGCGACACAACCCGCUAGCCGAAGAAUAUGCGCCCUCGGACCCGUGGAAGAACAAGGGCCCGAAGCGGCAAAAGCGAAGCAAGGGCGAAAAAGACGAGGACGAGCAAAAGUAUGUAGACUCCAAGAGUUCGCGCAAAAUCCUGGAGAUUGGACGAGAACUGGAAGAGGAGGAUGCCCGAGAAAGCAAGGCCCAGCGACCACAAGAAGCCAAUCCCGCCUUUGACUUUGAGACGCGCUUGGGAGAGGACGACAUGGUCGAGGGAGAUGUGCAGGCCGAGGACGACGACGAGGCCUGGGGCGACGACGACGAGGUGGAGGAGGUCGAGAUUGAUGCCAACGACCUGGCAGCAUGGAACAAAUUUAUCCCGACCGACGACAACCCGAUUGUAUGGCCGGGACAAGAAGCGCAGCCUUCAGGGCAAGGCACCGACCUGGCUGCACUCAUUCUUGAGAAGAUUGCCGCGCACGAGGCUGGGGGCGAGGUGCAACAACCAGAGAUUCAAGGCGGCGGUGCGCCAGAGGAUGCCAUUGAGCUGCCAGCCAAGGUUGUUGAAGUGUACUCCAAGAUUGGUCUUAUUCUGAGCCGCUACAAGAGCGGUAAGCUGCCCAAGCCCUUCAAGAUUCUACCCACGAUCCCCGCGUGGGAAACGCUCGUGGCCAUUACCCGUCCCGACGACUGGACACCAAACGCAACCUUUGCAGCCACACGCAUAUUCGUCUCGGCCAAGCCGCAAACGGCGCAGAUGUUCCUGAAUACCAUUCUGCUGCCGCUCGUGCAACAAAACAUUCGCGAAACACACAAGCUCAAUGUGCAUCUGUACAACGCAUUGAAGAAGGCACUCUACAAGCCCAGCGCGUUCUUCAAGGGCAUCGUGUUUCCCAUGCUCACGGAUAUUUCUUGUACGCAGCGUGAUGCGGCCAUUGUAGCCUCGGUCGUGGCCAAGGUGUCGGUCCCCGUUCUGCACUCGGCGGCUGCGCUGCACCGUCUCUGCGAAAUCGCGGCCGAGCAAAUGUCAUCGGACCCGGAUGCGGCUGGCCCAUGCAACAUGUUCAUCAAGACGCUGCUUGAGAAGAAGUACGCGCUGCCGUACAAGGUGGUGGAUGCGCUCGUGUUCCACUUUUUGCGAUUCCGCGGCGUCGGCGCCAGCAGUGCAGAUGUCAUGGACACGGAGUCUGUGGCUGGUGAUCUCGGCAACACGGGCAAGCUGCCUGUCAUCUGGCACCAGUGCUUGCUUGCCUUUGCGCAGCGAUACAGGAACGACAUUACCGAGGACCAGCGAGAGGCGCUGCUCGACCUGCUCUUGACACGAGGCCACCGCAGCAUCAGCGCCGAGGUGAGGAGAGAAUUGCUCGAGGGCAGGGGCCGUGGUGUUGUAGUCGAGCCACAGGCCGUCGGGAUUGACGGCGAUGAUACCAUGAUGGCGGUCGACUCAUAG